UAAUUCCUUUAUUCUGUUUCUCACAUUCAUUCAUUUCUUCUUGCGUUCAUUUCUUCUUCUCCUUCUUCUUCUGAUACACAAACGUUCAAGCAGUAGACCACGAUCUAACGACGGUGGUUAGUCCCAUUUGUUGUUCCGUACACAAAAGAUAAGGGAGUGUUGAGUUGUUAACAAAAUGUAAUAUACAAACUCAAGACGCUAGUCCUUAACAUAACGCCAUCCGUCAAUGUCAAAUCAGUGUAUCGAAAUUCUAUGAUCUUCUUCAGAGGGUAUAGUAAUUUCACACCUCUCCUCACACCCCAAAGAACGAUUCAUGCACUGAGAAUAAUGUGCGGAAUAUAGAGUCUAGAUCUACAACUUCACUUACAAAAGACGAAAUGGAAAGACCACUCCAAUAGUAGACGAAGCGCAGAAGCGUGCCUUUCUUUCGAGCUGAUACAAGAAAAGAAGCAGCCCUCUCGCUCAAUGUGCAUUACUACAACAAUAAAGCGCACACAGACAUUCAUAAAGUAAAGCUGGGACAGUUAUUUUUAGUUACCACGCGCCGCGCAAGUAGCAGGUGAAGCCGACCAUACCUGAAAGAGGCCCGAUUGAAGCGGUGGAGAGAAAGAGAGAGAGAGAGAGAGCGAGAGAGACAGAGAGCCUUGAGGGCUUGGUGGUAAGGUGUGUCACCGAGUUAGGUGUGUCUUUGCGUGUGGGUGUGUGUGGGGUCUUAAAACAAGCUGAUAUAGGCUCUCCUUCUCUGUAUGUGUGUGUGCGCGUGUGUUGGUCGUUACCACACUUUGUGUUGUCUUGCACAGCGAAGACAGAACUAGAUUCUACACACACAACGCAGCUGAUUUCUAAACAACGCAGUUCUUGCACCUAUUGUCGUCGCGUUGGAUCGCCUGGUUCACUCAACACACAACACACACACAUAACCUAAAUCUAGCUUGUGUCGUUGAGCCGCAAAGUGUGUUAGUGUUACGACUGAUGGAUCGAAUGUAGCCAUCGAUGUUUGCUUCAUUGAUCUGAGGUGAGCGAUUCGUGUACAUAUCAAUACGCUAAUGGUAGUUGACCAAAACAAACUUUUCCCUAUCGUCAGUUUCCGAGUGAGUGAGUGAGAUGUUGAUGUUUUCAUUUGGUCGUUAACACAGAAACAGACGACUGAGAGGCUCUGAAGGCAGAGGGUUCGAGACUGGUGUUUUCCAAGACGAACAGCUUUAUUCCUCGUGUUGUUGACUCGGGAGUAAGACCUCACUAUCAACACAAACGUGAGCACACACGAUAACGUGAGUACACAUUGUCGCGAGCACACACUGUCGUGAGCACACACCAGCUAGGUCUACUGGAUCAGAGGACGUGCAAGCGCUCUGUGGAGUUGUUGUGACCACUUUCGCUGCGUGCAGGAGUAUAGCAGUAUUGUAAUAACUGUCACAACGCCUUGUCUCAGCAUUCUGUGAGGAAAUUUUCGUUGAGUGCAGGACUGUAGUGGUAUUGUAAAAGCUGUUACAACACUUUUUGUCUGCAGAUCAACAUUCAAAGUGGAAACUCUCGCUGCGUGCAGGAUAUAGCAGUAUUGUAAGAACUGUAACAACACUUUGUCUUUACGUUCUGUGUGGAAACUAUCGAGGUGUGUCGAGUCGGAACAUUCUGUUACAAUCUUUCUUCUGACUGGAUACGUUCACAUUGGAGUACGAUUAAGCGCAGAGUUCUAAAACCUUUUGGGAGAAUCUGAAGCUCGUGAGAAGAACCAGACACAGUUACAACAAAUCUUUCUUUGACCGCCUACAAAGCUACCAGUUUCAGCGUCUUUGUUCAUCUGACAGGAUUGUUUUCUUUGGAGUUGGAUAGAGCUCGUGGAUUGUUUGUGUUUUCUUCAUACAGCGUAGUGUGUGUGUGUGUCAGAAGUUAAGUUUUCAAUACCAACUGUGUUUGUGUGUGUCAGAAGUUAAGUUUUCAAUACCAACUGUGUUUGUGUGUGUGUGUCGGAAGUUUAUUUUCUACAUACAUCCUGUCUGUGUGUUUCAGAAGUUUGUGUUCAACACCAACUGUGUUUGUGUGUGUUACUAGUGUGUGUUCUACAUUAACGGUGUUUGUGUAAACCACCUGUGUGUGUUACUUUGUGUGUAUUUGUGAGUGUGAUAAGUUCUAAAUCCCCGUGAGGACAUAGCACCCUGCUCACAGACGUCACAGAUCUAGCUCCCCAAGAUGGCGUGUGGGUUCGGCACGCUGGUCGUCUCCAUGCUCAUCCUGUUCGCUGCUCUAGCACUCACCAUCGUGGCCGCCAUCACCAACUACUGGUACGUGGUGGAGUCACGUGACAUCACCAGCGAGGAGGUGAGGAGGGCCAGCAACUACCACUUUGGCUUCUGGAUGAAGUGCUACGACGAGGAGCCGCCCAAAAGU